AGCGCCGCGGCGGUUUCAUGGCGGCCAUCGGAGUCCACCUGGGCUGCACGUGCGCCGGUGUGGCCGUCUACAAGGAUGGACGGGCAGAUGUGGUGGCUAAUGAUGCAGGCGACAGAGUCACACCAGCCAUAGUGGCUUACUCAGACAAUGAAGAGGUUGUUGGUUUAGCAGCGAAACAAAAUAGAAUACGGAAUAUUUCAAAUACGGUCAUUAAAGUGAAGCAAAUCCUUGGCAGAAGCUCUGAAGACCCACAGGCUCAGAAGUACGUCGCCGAAAGCAAGUGCGCCCUCGUUGAAAAGAACGGAAAACUCCGAUAUGAAAUAGAUACCGGAGAGGAGACGAAACUCGUUAGACCGGAAGAUGUUGCAAGACUCAUAUUGAGUAAGAUGAAAGAAACUGCCCAGUCAGCUUUGGGCUCAGAUGUCAACGAUGUGGUAAUUACUGUUCCAUUUGAUUUUGGAGAAAACCAGAAAAAUGCCCUUGGGGAAGCAGCUGGGGCUGCUGGAUUCAAUGUUUUGAGGUUGAUCCAUGAGCCCUCUGCAGCUCUCCUUGCUUAUGGAAUUGGACAAGAUUCUCCUACAGGGAAAAGCAAUGUCUUGGUAUAUAAGCUUGGAGGAACAUCACUAUCUAUCACACUCAUCGAAGUGAACAGUGGAAUGUAUCGUGUACUCGCAACGAACACCGAUGACAGCAUAGGUGGAGUGUGUUUCACAAAGGCUCUAGCACAAUAUUUAGCUUCCGAGUUUCAAAGAUCUUUUAAACAUGACGUAAGGGAAAAUCCUCGAGCCAUGAUGAAAUUAAUGAACAGUGCGGACAUCGCUAAACAUUCCUUGUCAACUUUGGGAAGUGCAAAUUGUUUCGUUGACUCACUCUACGGAGGUCUGGAUUUCGACUGUAAUGUGUCCAGGGCAAGAUUUGAACUUAUAUGUUCUUCACUUUUUAAUAAAUGUAUUGACGUAGUUAAGAAACUCUUAGACCAAGUUGGAUUUGCGUCCGAUGAUAUCAACAAGGUCGUUCUUUGUGGAGGGUCCACUCGAAUUCCAAAGCUUCAACAGCUCAUAAAGGAUCUCUUUCCAACUGUUGAGCUACUGAAUUCUAUCCCUCCUGAUGAAGUUAUCCCCAUCGGUGCUGCCACAGAAGCAGGAAUUCUCAUUGGGAAAGAAAAUUUUUCACUGGAGGAGGACUCUCUGGCUAUUGAGUGUUCGGCAAAAGACAUUUUAGUGAAGGGAAUCGAUGAAUCAGGAGCCGACAGAUUUACAGUCUUGUUCCCCUCAGGAACUCCUUUGCCAGCCCGAAGGCAGCACACUUUUCAAGCCCCGGGAAGCAUAUCCUCCGUUUGCCUGGAGCUAUAUGAGUCACUAGGAAAAAAUUUUGCAAAACAAGAAAAUAAAUUUGCACAGAUUGUACUCCAGGAUUUAGAUAAAAAGGAAAAUGGGCUACGUGAUAUAUUAGCUGUUCUCACUAUGAAAAGGGAUGGAUCUUUACAUGUGACGUGCACAGAUCAAAGCACUGGCAAAUGUGAAGCAAUCACAGUUGAGGUAGCAUCAUAGUACCUCCUACAAAGCCUCAGUUUUUGCUACUGGAAUACCUGUGUUUGAUUUCUGUUUGUUCUAAAGUGAUGUUUAUAUUAAAACAGUUUUUUAAUGAACCUUGAAA